AUGCUCUCACUGCUGCUCGUUUCGCCUUUCCACCGCUGCAUCGAGACGGCCCUUAUUGUGAACAUCGUCGGCUUCGACGGGCGGCUGUCCAUCUUCGUUGACCCGCUGCUGUCGGAGUGGCACUCGCCGAAGUUGUUCUCGCGCCCGCCCCUUCUGGGCGGCGGAUACGCGUGCACCGCUGCGGACGUGAUCACAUUCCGGCCGCAGUGGGAGGCGCUGCAUAUGGCACUGCCGUCCUUUUUCCGCUCCGCUGCAGCAGACGUGCGCUACGACAUUAGCGACGCAAUGCUGGCGCGGUGGCUGGCGGCGCUCGAGACGCGAUGGGCACAGCGACCCGCGUUUCUUCUGUGGACCUCCGCGUCCACGCGGGAUUCGCUACGACGAGGUGCGUGUAGUCGAUCCAGCACGGCGAACCGCCCGUCUAGCAACAACGACACUCGUGGUAACAACCUAAGCGGUAUCAGAUACCCAGAGAACGCCAGCGGCUUGCUGCGCCGUGUGGGCGAGGCAGUCCACGUGCACUUCGACGCCGACGCGGGCACGGCUGCUGUUGUGCCACCGCAUGUACGGGAGGCGGCACUGCAGGACGCCAAAGGCUUGCCACGCACCAUCGCGAGGCGCAGUGCUCCAGCAACAGCAGAAGCAACAACCUCAGUGUCGUCGGGCGGGGCGCUGCUACCGCCCACGCGCACCUUGUUGGUGACACACGCUGAAGUGGUGUCGAUGAUGCUGAAGCACUGCUGCCCGAAGUAUCAUGCCGCCGACAGCGGCUUCUCUGUGCCGUACUGCAGCCUCACAAGUGUGUCACGGUCUAACGACUACUAUGGUGCCCCAGGUGACGUGUCGUUGAAUGCGCGACCGUUGCGUGAAGAGAGGACCCGGGACUGGAAUGUGGAGGUGGAAACGUCGACGCUACACCUGCUGACCACAAUUGUUCUGCAGUAUGUAUAG